UUAUUUAGGAUCCUAAUUGGUACAGUUUUUUCACAGAAGAAGCAACACUACAAACUGUACUACGCAUCUCUUUCUCUAUAUAACAAAACAUUUACUCUACUGUCACCGUCCGACCAUUGCAGCCACUUAUAUUUUCAUCAAUGAUAUUGUGAUUGCUUCUUAUUCUAAUUUGGAGUUGGCCCAUUUUUUGUGAAUUCAUGUUCAGGUUUUAGCUAUUUCAGUAAUUCAUCCUUUCAAUGCCUCGUUCAUUUUCUUUUUUGUCCUUUUCACUUCAAAAUUUUAUAUCACGUUAUCUUUAAUUCUUUUACUAUAUCUCCAGAGAUGAUUCUGUUUUCUUUUUUCUUUUUUUCUCUUUCUGCCAUACAGAGUUUUCGAGAUCUGAGUACUGUACCAAUUGAUUUAAGUAAUUUCCUAAUUAAAUAAUAAAGCUUACAUAAUCUUUUUUUAAUAUAAAUUACUAAAAUAUUCCAUUCUUACAGAAAAGAAUAAUAUUCUUGAGUUUCUAUAUACAAAAGGUUAAGGGUGUUCAUUCGAUAUUUAAAGAUGCUAUUUAUCCAACAAAAAGAAAAAAAGAAUUAAUAAUAAAAAGUAAAUAAAAGAAAAGAUGAAUGUAGAAAAUUUGAGAAAAACAAAUUAUAGAGAAAAUAUCAUAGGUGAGAUACUUUGAUGGCAAAACUAAGGUGAUGCUUAUUCUGGCCAAGAAAGUCUAGCCACUAAAUCCAAAAUUAAGACAAGCCACAUUAUUAUCCCAUCGAACAAGAACAAAACAAAACACAGAAAGGAGUUGUAUAAAGAAAAAGAAAAAAAAAAGAAAAGAAAAACAAGAGUGACCCACCAUGUUUAAUCCUUUCUAUCUAUUCAUACAUAAAGAAAGGUACCCGUUGGCCAAUGCCUUACCUCACUGCAGUAAACCUAAUUAACCUAGUAUCCAUACCUAGUUCAGCUGUGAGGCACCUAUUCAAAGAAAAAGAAAAGAAAAAGAAAAGCAGAACCGGUUCUUGCCCUAAAGAAGGAGAAGAAGCAUAACAGACAAAAUCUAUAUUCAGUUUUGAUAACAAUUUUAUCAGACAUAACUAUAUAGAAAAAAGAAAAAGAAAAAUAUGGGAAGAGGAAGGGUAGAACUGAAGAGAAUAGAGAACAAAAUAAAUCGACAAGUGACAUUUGCUAAGAGAAGAAAUGGGUUGCUCAAGAAAGCUUAUGAGUUAUCAGUUCUUUGUGAUGCCGAAGUUGCUCUUAUCAUUUUCUCUAACCGUGGCAAGCUUUAUGAAUUCUGCAGCAGCCCUAGUAUGGCUAAGACAAUUGAGAAGUACCAGAGAUGCAGUUAUGGAGCACUGGAGGCCAACCAAUCUGUGCAUGAUACACAGAACAGUUACCAGGAAUACUUGAAGCUAAAAUCAAGAGUGGAGGCUCUACAGCGUUCACAAAGGCAUUUUCUUGGAGAAGAUUUGGGAAAUUUGGGCACAAAGGACCUUGAGCAGCUUGAACACCAGCUUGACUCAUCUUUGAAGCACGUCAGGUUAACAAAGAGCAACUUUAUGCUUGAUCAACUUUCUCAGCUUCAAAGAAAGGAAGAAAUGUUAUUGCAAACCAACAAUGCUUUAAGGAAGAAGUUGGAGGAAACUAAUGCAGCCCUUCAACCGCCAUGGGAAGCUCGGGACGAAAGCAUUCCGUACAACCGUCAGCCUGGUCAGUCAUCCGAGGGUUUCGAUCCCUUGCAAUGCAGUAGCCAUUUUCGGACUGGUGCAGGGGAAACAGAUCCAGUGACUGUUGCAAACACAAGUGAAAAUAUUAAUGGUUUCAUCCCUGACUGGAUGCUUUAAUAUUUGUUGUUGGAAUUUAGAGAAGAUAAAGAAAUUAAUAGAAUCAAUAAGUGAAUAAAAUUAGUAGACACUAAUAUAUAUUUGUUGAUCAUAUUGGCUUCUCGGGGAACUGUAGGUACCCAUAUUUAGUAAUUAAGCUGUCUGUCAAAACAGAUUUCAGUGUUACUGGUGAACCAUGUAUGUUCCUGAAUAAUGAUUCUCAUAAUUAAUGUUGCUUUAACCAUGUA